AUGGCUUGGGGCAACUACUCGGUGGUGUCUGGAUUCAUCCUCUAUGGACUCACAGACGAUCCAGAGCUUCAGCUCAUUCUCUUCGGUGUAUUCCUCGUAGUCUACUUCGUCAGCGUCCUGGGUAACCUUGGACUGAUUAUAUUAAUCCAGGUCAGCCCGCCGCUGCACACCCCCAUGUACUUCUUCCUCAGUCAUCUGGCCUGUGUUGACUUUUGUUUUACAUCCUCUGUCACCCCAAAUAUGCUUAUAAAUUUUUGGCAGGAAGUUAAAAGUAUAACAUUCUAUGCCUGUGCCGUUCAAUUGUGCUGCUUCGUCACAUUCGUAGUUUCUGAGCUAUACCUGCUCUCCAUCAUGGCAUACGACCGCUACGUCGCCAUCUGCAACCCGCUCCUGUACGUCAUCCUCAUGCCUAGGAAGCUGUGUGUUCAGAUGAUCGCCAGCACAUACGUCUAUGGGUUCUCGGUGGGCCUAGUGCAAGCCGUGUCAACAUUCCAGUUGUCCUUCUGCGGCUCCAAGUUGGUCAACCACUUCUACUGUGACGAUGUUCCCCUCGUUGCUCUGGCUUGUUCUGACACUCAUGUCAAAGAGCUAUUGUUGUUAAUCAUCGCAGGGUUCAACACCCUUUGCUCUCUAGUGAUUGUGGUCAUCUCUUACGCCUUCAUCCUCUCUGCCAUCCUGAGGAUUCAGUCUGCUGAAGGGAGAAAGAAGGCAUUUUCUACCUGUGCUUCCCACCUGACGUCCAUCACGAUAUUUUACGGGACUGUGAUCUUCAUGUACCUGCAGCCUAAGUCAAGCCAUUCUCUGCAUACAGAUAAAUUUGCCUCAGUGUUUUAUGUGGUAAUGAUUCCCAUGUUAAACCCAUUAAUCUAUAGCUUAAGGAAUCAAGAGGUUAAAAACGCCCUGAAGAAAGUUACAGAGAAGUUGUGUUUGGCACUCAGAUAG